UCCUUGGUAUGUUGAGCGGAAAGAACUGGUCCCAGAUCAGCACAGCUGACGGCACUGACGUAAGCGUCGACGUUGAACAAGCCCGCUGAAAUUCAAAGUUGCAGGAGGAGCCUCGACAGUCGACACAACAAGCGCGACCUUGUCCGCGUUCAGUCAUUUCGUGUCGGUACUCAACUUUCAUAUCGACUUUUCAGCUUAGUAUGGAAGCUGGUCAAGAAAUUAGCGAUGGUGGCUUCAGUUUGAAGAGGCAAAGAACACCUCUACUAGACAAUCUAUUCUACCCAUCAGAAGUCAAUGAUAGUCAGAAGCGUCCACGUUUGGAGGUAAUGGGCCGAGAAAACCGUAGCCCGAGAGCCUCUUCGUCUGGACGUGGAGCUGAGGUGAUGAUAAAGCCCGAUACGCCCAUUGUGCCAUCCGUGCGGUCACGAGUCCAGCAGCUGGCCGAGAGACGAGAUGUUGUGACUCCUCUGACCCAGCGGUGUCUGUCAGACCCUGGUGAUGACAUCAAAAUCCGUCACGAUCAUCUUCUCAGUGAGGAAGACUUCCAUCAGCGUAUGGAGCGUUUUAAAGGACCGUUCUCUGAGGCCGGCCCAGACGCCACACCUAGCCCAUCCAAGCCUCCGUCACGUAACCUCUCCGAAUUUGUGUCUGGUAUUCAACAGAAGCUGCAGGGUGAUGCAACACCCAGCUCUAAGCAGGCUUCUCGCAUUCGCAAGGAGCGGGAGCAGGAAAUGAACCAGUUGCACUUGCAACCAAUUAAGGCAAAUGCCUGGCUGAAGAGGAGCAGCUCUGAUCCCUUAUUAUGUCAGGAAAGGACACCCUCCACCUUUUCAACCCCUUCUUGGACUCCAAGAAUCAAAAGAGUGGUGCAAUGGCCUCCCAUGCGACCGUGGGAUCAGUUGGAUGCAGAGAUGAAAGAUGGCAGCUUCAGCGAAACGAUCAUGUCGGGAGCACAGAAUUCAUCUUUAACAGUAUGUACUACCAAAGUUCCUGCAGCAUCCGUAGAGGUCAAGGCCCUCAAUGAAAUUCAGCUACCAACUGAAUGGAAGAAGCACAAUACUGGUCAUGUUGACUUGGAGACACCUAAAGAGGAAAAAGGGAAAAGGGUAGAUGAAAAUGAAGCACAGCCACACUCUGACCGACCCAGGGAAUGGACUGUAGUACAGCUAUCUUUUUCUGAGGAUCCUAUUUUCUUCAAAGCACCUUGUGUUGAUGACCAUAAGAAGGUAGAGCUGCCUGCAGAUGAACAGAUCUUGCUAGAAUCAACUCGUGUUGAGUCAAGUAUGGCUGAAGAAGAGGACAUAGAGUGUAGAUCAAGUAUGGCUGAAGAAGAGGACAUAGAGUGUAGAUUAUCUUCUAAUGAAGAAACUAUGGAGAUUUCGACAGAGGAGGAGGCGAGGUUGUGGCGGUACCCUACUUGUAGUGGUGGAGAACCCACAAUGACUCCGUGUCAUUCAUCCAGAGAGAACGACUCAAAAAACGAAGUGGCACAGCAUACUGACUGCAGUCAGCUCCAGGAUGGUGAACGUCUAAUGGUCUCUCCUAGUGCACAUAAUGGUAGCCCACUAAGGGAAAAACAGAUUCUCUGUCAGCCAAAAAGCUGUCUAGAAGACCUGGAAUUAGAUAAAAACAUUUCAAUUGUGUUUAAAGGAGACAAGACAGAGGCACCGUCCUGUAAAAAGGAUGAUGCUGCAACUAUCACCGGAAAUAUUUAUGACCAUAUGAAAGAAACAGAGCAGUUCCCCUAUGAGGCAAAUGGAUAUCAACAACCAAAUUACAACCUGAUGGUUUGUGCAAAAGAAGACAUGGAUCAAGUGUCUGAUGAGAAAGGUGGUGUUGCAAACUCAUAUAGUCACACAACCCAAUCAUCAAAGACUCUUAAAGAAACAGAGCAUAUUGUGGUAGACGGAUGCCAGACAACAGUCGGGAGUGAUCGACCAGUAGACAAUUCAAAGUGUGCUGUGGAAGGAGAGCAUGCAAAGAAAGUUACAUUUAUCUUGGAGUCGGAGUUAAUUAAUAGCUCAACAUCAUCUGAGGCCUCCAUAGGAAGUGUGUCAGAUGUUGAACCCAGCUAUCAUGAUGAGACAAACACUGCUGAAAUAAUUGACCAAAUGUUCGAUGAGGUGUUGGAAUAUGCUGAAAGAAUUGAGGAAAAGCGGAAGCGGUCCAAUGACGAGGGGACACUUGGUCAUGGCAUCGCAGAAAAAGAGGAUGUUGAUAUUGAAUCAGAGCAGGGUAAAAACAACCAGAUGAAUGGCAAAAAAGAAGAGUGUGAUGCAAUUAAGAAGCUUGAAACCAAUGGAGAUGAACUGUUAUUCCCUCCUACUGGCAUUCUCUCUCCUCUCAGCAAGUCUGUAGAGGCUGCGGUAACCCCACUGCGACUGGAAGCCACCAAGGAAGAAUACUCGCCAUCUCUUCCCCUGACCCCAGAAGAGACUCCCCUGUCUCCUCUUUACAGUAUUGAUGCCUACCGUACACAAAGGCAGAGUGAGAUGCCCACCAUUCAGAGUGUCACUCCGGGGCUUCAGAGAAAACUUCCUGAAAAGCCUCAGCUUCAAUCAUCCACUAACACCAAGGAGAAAAUAGCUAUGCUAAAUGAAGAAGCGGCCAAGCUGCAGAUUGUCAUUAACCAGACCCUACAAGCUCUGAGCUGCUGUACUGAUGAAGAGCAUGGACAAGGUUCGCUGGAGGAGGCGGAGGCUGAAAAGCUGCUACUUGUGUCUUGUGAGAAGCGCUCUGCAGUUUUAGAUGAAGUGGCCAGGCUGAGGGAGGAGAGAUGUUUGGAUUCUUCAGGGGAGGAACAUGUUAUGCAGCAGCCCUGCAGAGGGACUGUCAACAUCUCAAACAUUCAACUUCCUCUCAAGGUCGAAUUUGUCUGUUCCUCACGCAACCACGCAGGUCGUCCAAGUCACUAUUUCUUCAUUCUGAUGCGCUACGGCGCUUAUAACAUCGUCGCCACGCCACUGGCAACAGCAGCAACUGCUCAGAAUGGAGACACCAUUUCUUUCCCCACUUCCGUCACACUGAAGGAUAUUCGCUCAACUUUCGAAAUUGAUGUAGAAGUGUACAGCUUGUCCCACACCUCCGUGAUUAACAGUAGCAUCGACCGCAUCACCACCAAGUCAAGGGUAACUCCCAGGAAGCUGCUGAAUACCAUAACAAGAGCCAGCAACAGUCUGACAACUGCUGCUAUUCCGGCCCUGAACACUCGUCGCUCCAGUAACUUUACUUUGGUGGGCUCCCAAAAGAUCACUUUAUCCUCUCUGGGACACAGCAAGUUCUCUUUGGAUAAGAUGAAACUUGAAGGCAAAAUCAGGAAGCUCCUGGGAGAUGAAUUUCAGGAAAAGGUGCCUUUCCUCUCUCCUCUGGAGGGAAACCUCUACCUGCAGCUGCACAGUGAGAGUCACUCCCGUGUGCAACACCAUGGCUUCCUGACGAUGUUUGAGUUAAUCAGUGGAUUAGGAGUUUGGCAUCGUCGAUAUUUCACGCUGGAUGGAUGCAGCCUGCGUUAUUGGAACCAUCCUAAUGACAAGGACAGCAAGGAAGCAGAAGGUGUCCUCUCGCUCUCCAGCUCUCCCAAUCAGUGUGUCCGGCCCGUCAAGAAGGGCUCAUGCGCUCGACCUUUCACCUUUGAGCUGGUGAGCGCUGUUCCUCAGGACGACAGUCAAGAAUCCUUGACCAAGUGUUGGUUUUCUGCGGACACCAACCAGGAGAAACUUGAUUGGAUGGAGAAGUUGAAGCAAGCUCUCCUGGACUUCAACACGUGGAAUUCCACAUCAGCACAAACGCAGCAAAGCAGCAACUCCAGUGUGAACCUGAGGGAGAGCAUCCUCUAAAGCUUUUUUUUCUCUUUUCUUUUUUUGCACACAUUUUCUUUAUUUUAAUUGAAGGCCAAUCCUUGUUUUAGUUUUGCUUCCAUUUGAUUAUUUUACUUUGUCUUGUUUUUGUUUUUUUUCCAUUGAUUUUUGGGGCUCAAACAUUUGUGUUCAAUACCUCUUGUUGUCAUUGGAGCCUAUUCAAGUAUCACUUCAAAACAGCAGAAGAAGAGAAAUAUUUGACUAAAUAUCUCAGAUUUACUUUCACUUUUUGUUGUGUGCAACCUCUACACAGAUUCUUACUGUGAAGCAGACGUGCUAACAGCUAACCCGCUGCCCUUCUGUCAAAUACUUCAUGCUGCUCAUUUUGUACUUUUUUGUGUAUUUGUAUAAACUGGAAGGAAAUAUCUAUGUGAAGUUAUCAAAAAUUACAGUUGGUUAUAUUUGCA